AUGCAACCCAUCACUCUAUACUCUCACGAAAUCGGCCCCAAUCCUUGGAAGGUUGCCAUCAUCCUUUCAGCCCUGGGACUCGAAUACAAAACUAUCUUUGUCAGCUUCGAUGAAGUCAAGCUUCCCCCUUUUACGGACAUCAACCCGAACGGCCGUCUCCCAGCGAUCACCGACCCAAACAGAAACAUCACCCUGUGGGAAUCGGGUGCUAUUGUCCAGUAUCUGAUUGAUACCUACGACGUCUCACGCAAAUUGUGCUACGACACUUUCCACGAACGAUACCUCACUCAGCAAUGGCUCCACUUCCAAAUGUCCGGUCAAGGUCCUUACUACGGACAACUGGGCUGGUUCAAACGUCAGCCUAACCCCAAUCCAUCCGCCAUCGAACGGUAUUCAAACGAAAUCAGACGCGUCACCAGCGUUCUGGACAAGGCACUUCAGGGUCGUCAAUGGCUUGUCGGGGACAAGUGCACGUAUGCAGACUUGUCCUUUGUGCCUUGGCAGGAUCUUUUAAGCUUCUUUCAUGGUGAUCAAGUGGAAACUCUUGCCCGCGAUUUCCCAAAUGUCGAUGCCUGGAUGGGGAGAAUGAGAGCAAGGGAUGAUGUGAAAAAGGUCUUGGAAGAGAAAGCUCUGGCUAUGGAGAAAAUGGCGCAGAAAUAG